CCUAUUUAUUUUCCUCAUCAACGUAACGUAAAACUAUUCUUCAAUCUUCUCGUUGGAAACGAUCGUUUUUAUCUCUCUUUCACCCAAAUCAAUUAAUUGUACAUCUUAUACAUGGCGGAUAAAUUACAACAAAAUGCGAUCGUUUCAAACCAGAAGAGAUCGGCUUCCGAUGAACAUGAUCAUCGUGACGACUUCAAGCACCACCUCAUAUGGGAGGAUCCAGCGGCGGCGUUAGCAGAUAUCCGCCACGAAUUUGGCGAACAUGGCGGAGUCAACAUGUCCAUCGAAGCCUCCGCCACAUUCACCGUCAUGGACCCGGAGACUUUGAGCCGCAUGUUUGCGGGCGAACUCGGCCCUGACCGUGAUUUCUUCAUUUAUAGCCGUCAUUUCAACCCUACCGUCCUCAACUUGGGCCGCCUCAUGGCGGCCUUAGAGGGUACCGAGGCCGCCUACUGCACGUCCUCGGGCAUGUCAGCUAUCGCAUCCGUGAUGCUCCAGCUCUGUAGCUCGGGGGACCAUGUGGUGGCCUCCCGUUCCUUGUACGGCGGGACACAUGCUUUGCUCACGCAUUUUUUACCGAGGAAGUCUAAUAUAACGACGUCGUUUGUGGACAUUAGGGAUUUUGAUAUGAUUAAUGAAGCAAUUGUGAAAGGGAAAACGAAGGUGUUGUAUUUUGAGUCAAUUUCAAAUCCGACGUUGACGGUUUCGAACAUUCCAGAGUUGUGUAGGAUAGCGCAUGAUAAGGGGGUGACGGUGGUAGUGGACAACACGUUUGCUCCGAUGGUGUUGUCUCCGGCGAGGUUGGGAGCCGACGUCGUUGUUCAUAGUAUCUCUAAAUAUAUUAGCGGUGGUGCCGAUGUCAUUGCAGGUGCGGUUUGUGGACCGGCAAGUCUGGUGAACUCGAUGAUGGAUCUUCGUCAAGGUGCACUGAUGCUACUAGGCCCAACCAUGAACGCGAAGGUCGCGUUCGAACUGUCAGAAAGACUGCCCCACUUAGGCCUAAGAAUGAAAGAGCAUUGCGAUCGAGCACUCAUUUUCGCUACUAGAAUGACGAAUCUCGGGCUCAAAGUCAUUAACCCAGGUCUAGAAAAUCACCCAGAUAAUGCCCUUCUCAAGUCCAUGGCGAAUAAAAACUACGGCUACGGUGGAAUUUUGUGUCUGGACAUGGGAACUGAGGAAAGAGCAAACCGUUUGAUGAAUGUUUUGCAAAAUUGCACACAAUUUGGGUUCAUGGCUGUGAGUUUGGGCUAUUAUGAGACACUUAUGUCAUGUUCGGGCAGUAGUACUAGUAGUGAAAUGAAUAACCAAGAGAAGGAAUUGGCUGGGAUUUCGCCUGGAUUGAUAAGAAUGUCAGUUGGCUAUAAUGGUACGAUGGAGCAAAAAUGGAGCCAGCUCGAGAAAGCAUUGUCCGAAAUGCAAUAGAAAAUGGGGCAAUUGCAGAUAUAGCCAUUCUCAGGAAUGAUAUUUAGAGAUUAGCCAGUAAUUAUUUUGUCAUGAAAUUUUAAACUAAAAAUCUUAACUUCGGGACACUUCAAAACAUUUUUGUCCCGAAAAAUUGAACUGAAAAACUGACUAAUUCCUAAAUAGCAGCCCUAUAGAGUGGCACCUGGUGUCAUUUCUACACAGAAAAUGGCCUUGUAGAGGCCUGAAACUAUGCAUUUUGCAACUAUUGUAAUGUUUUGUCACAUGGAUUUUGCUUUAUACAUUGGGUCCAUAUUUAUAUUUCAGGUGUAUUUUAUCUGUAAUAAGAACUAUACUGGAAUGUGGUCCGGUUUCGAGUAUGUCAAGUUGUUUGUUUAUAUCCUCAGUUAGCCAAUAAGAUGUGAUUUGAAAUA